UUAAUCUCCCACUCUAUUGAACAGCUCUCAUGCGGAUACUGCUCCUCCCUCUAUCUCUCUCUCUAGACUAUAGUUUCCUACUUUAGAAAAUUCACAUGCUCUGUUUGUUGAAAAGAAUUCAGCCAUUCUUCUUCUUAAAUAAAUAUAAAUACGCUCCCCUUCUCUUUUCGUCUCCAUUUCUGAACUUGCUUUUCAAGAACCCACUAAAAGUUUUCCCAAUGACAAGUUGUAAAGUUGUUCUCUUUUUCAUCCUUUCAUUCUGUUCAUCAACAACUGCUUUCUCCCCCAAAGAUAACUAUUUGAUAAACUGUGGUUCAAAUACAGAUGCCAUAGUUGAUCACAGACGCUUCCUUGGGGACUCUAAUGACCAUAAUUCAGUUCAUACCUCUCAAGGUGAGUCACUUUUUCAAGAAAAUCCAAACCCAUCUUCCAAUUUGUCUUUCCUUUAUACUACUGCUAGAGUUUUCAAUAGGGCUUCAAGGUAUGUGUUGAAUAUCAACAAGAUUGGGACCCAUUUUUUGCGCCUUCAUUUCUCUCCAUUCACCGCUCAGAGUUAUGAUCUCAGGAAAGCAAGUUUCAGUUUUUCUGCCAACGAGAUUCUGCUUUUUAGUAAUUUUAGUGUUAAUACUACUACUACUACUAGUGUGGUUAGAGAGUUUAUAUUGAUGGUGGAGAAGUUUGAACUUGAAAUUGAGUUCACACCCACUUAUGAAUCCAAUUUUGCUUUUGUGAAUGCAAUUGAAGUGUUUUCAGCCCCUGAUGAUUUCAUAAUUGGUGACGGGGCUAAAUCAGUUGGUCCUAAGGGAAUUGGUGAGUUCAGCCAGAAUAUGACUUUACAAACAUUAGAAACUGUUCAUAGGAUCAAUGUUGGAGGGUUAAAGUUAACUCCUUUUAAUGAUACUCUUUGGAGAAGUUGGAUUCCAGAUGAAGAUUUUCUGGUCUUGAAAUAUGCUGCAAAAAUUGCAAGAACCUCUCAUGUUCCCAAUUACCAAAAGGGUGGUGCCACAAGGGAAAUCGCUCCUGAUAAUGUUUAUAUGACAGCACAACAGAUGAAUAGGGAGAAUGUAACUACAGAUUUCAUAUUCAAUAUCACAUGGAACUUUCCUGUGCCUACUGGAGAUGCUUCCCACUUUGUUCGCUUGCAUUUCUGUGACAUUGUUAGUUUGUCACCUGGCCAGUUCUACUUUAAUGUAUAUCUCAACGGCUUCACAGCAUACAAAGACCUUGAUUUGUCUUCCGUUACAUUCCGUGAGCUUGCUACACCCUAUUACAUAGAUUUUGUGGUAUGCUCAGGAAGUUCCAGUGUUGUGCAAGUAAGCAUCGAUCCUUCUAACCUAAGUAGUACAAUGAGGAAGAAUGCCAUUCUGAAUGGUGUUGAGAUUAUGAAAAUGGUUAAUUAUGUGGCUUCACAAUCAGGUUCUAAGAAGAGAAAUGUUUGGGUUAUAGUGAGUUCUGUUCUCGGAGGUUUUGUUCUGCUGACUGUGGUGAUACUUGCUGCGUUGCUAUUCUUGGUCUGCAGAAAGAAAAAACUGAAACCGAAGCGUUCAGAGAGCGCUGGCUGGACGCCUUUACGUCAAUACGGAAGUAGUUCCCAUGGUACAUUGUCUGAUGGGACUUCACCUGGAACAAAUGGAUAUUUAGGCCAGAGGAUUCCCUUUGCUGAAAUACAAUUGGCUACUAAAAAUUUUGAAAAGAGUUUGAUAGUUGGUUCUGGUGGCUUUGGGAUGGUAUACAAAGGAGUACUUGGAGACAACAGAAAGGUUGCUAUAAAGAGAGGUGUGCCAGGUUCGAGGCAGGGCCUGCCUGAAUUUCAGACUGAAAUCACUGUUCUUUCAAAGAUUCGUCACCACCAUCUUGUUUCACUUGUAGGUUAUUGUGAAGAACAGUCAGAGAUGAUACUUGUUUACGAGUAUAUGGAGAAGGGACCUCUUAAGAGGCACUUGUAUGGUCCGGGAAUAUCACCCUUAUCUUGGAAGCAAAGGCUUGAGAUAUGCAUAGGUGCAGCAAGAGGUCUCCACUACCUUCAUACAGGUUUCGCUCAAGGAAUCAUCCAUCGUGACAUCAAGUCAACUAACAUCCUCCUUGAUGAAAAUUGUGUUGCUAAGGUUGCUGAUUUUGGUCUCUCAAGGACAGGCCCAUGUCUUAAUGAGACCCAUGUCAGCACUGGUGUAAAAGGAAGUUUUGGCUACCUUGAUCCCGAAUAUUUUCGGAGGCAGCAGCUUACAGAUAAGUCAGAUGUUUAUUCAUUCGGAGUUGUUCUUUUUGAAGUCUUAUGUGCUAGACCUGCCAUUGAUCCUCUUCUUUCACGGGAGCAAGUGAAUUUGGCUGAAUGGGCUAUGCAGUGGCAGAAGGAUGGGCAACUUGAGCAGAUUGUUGAUCCCCAUAUCAGAGGUCAGAUAAAGCUAAGCUGUUUGAGCAAGUUCGGGGAGACUGCAGAGAAAUGUUUGGCUGAUUAUGGCAUUGAUAGGCCAACAAUGGGUGAUGUACUUUGGAACUUGGAAUAUGCACUCCAGCUUCAAGAAUCUGGAGCAGUUGGAGAACCGCCUGAGAUUUCCAAUUCCAUUUCUCCACUGCCAGAGGGUCUCCCCAACACCCGCAAUGAGGCAUAUAAUGGUGAUGGGGCUUCAGAGAUAUCUACAAGCCAGGUAUUUUCACAAUUGAUGACUAAUGAAGGCAGAUAACUUGUCUACAGUUAUAGUGCACCGUCAAAUCAUUGCUCAGCAGUUUAGAGGUAUCAGUGUUGAUUUUGGAUUGCUUUAUUACAUUUUUCUUAAUUGUCAGACCCAACAUUUGCUAUUUGGAUCAAGAUUCAUGUAGAAUAUACUGUAAACGUGCAUCAUAUGAUAACCUGUCCUUCGAUGUCAUGGUUGUGCUCCUUGCAAAAGAAACAUAGUGCUUGAGUGAUGGACAUCGAUAAUUGUGUACAAGCAGGAAUGUGCUUGUGUACCAAUCCA